AAAUAGUCUUAAUUUUAUAAGUUGGAUAAGUAAAUUAAAAUAAUUUUUUUUUAGAAAGAACUCAACUAAAAUCAAACGCAGAGAGUAUUAUACAAAAAAAAAAGUGAAGUGAAGUGAAAAUCAAACAGAUACUUGUGAAAUCCCAUUCUGUAAUUGUUUUUUAUUUUUUUUUGGCUUUCGAAGGUAACGUACCUUCUAAACUGGGAUGGGACGAGUAAGCUAGCUGAAGAUGUUUGUUGAAAAAUUCAUAACCUUUCUUGAAAAAUGCAAAUCAAUUUCACAAUUCAAGAAACUCCAUGCACUUUUAAUAACCAAUGGCAUUUCCAAACAACCUCAAAUUAAUUCAAGAAUCCUAUAUUUCACAUCAUUAUAUAAUAUAGACUAUGCUCAUAAUACUUUUUUAACAAUUAAAAACCCAACAAUAUUUGAUUACAAUGCACUUAUAAGGGGUUAUGCUAGUAGUAAAAACCCAUGUAAAUCAUUGUAUCUAUUUGUUGAAAUGUUGAGAAAUGGCGUUGUGCCGGAUAACUUUACGUACCCUUUUGUUGUCAAGUGUUUGGCUAAGUUGUGUGAGGUUAGAGUAGGUAGGAGUGUACAUUGUGGGGUGUUGAAAAAUGGGUAUGAAGUGGAUUUGUAUGUUAUGAAUUCUUUGAUUCAUAUGUAUGGUAGUUGUGGUGGUGUUUCGUGCGCGCGAAAGAUGUUUGAUGAAAUGCCUGUGAGGAAUUUGGUGUCGUGGAAUUCGAUGUUGGAUGGGUAUGGGAAAUGUGGGGAUGUUGUUUUGAUGAGGGAGGUGUUUGAUGAGAUGGUGGGGAGGGAUGUUGUGUCGUGGAGCUCGUUGAUUGAUGGGUAUGUUAAGGAUGGGGAGUAUGGUGAGGCGUUGGAGGUGUUUGAGAGGAUGAGAGUCGAAGGGAUGAAAGGGAAUGAGGUGACGAUGGUGAGUGUUUUGGGUGCUUGUGCUCAUUUGGGUGCGCUUGAGCAAGGGAGGGAAAUGCAUGGAUAUAUCGUUGAGAAUGAGUUGCCGAUGACGUUAGUGUUGAGGACGUCGCUUGUUGAUAUGUAUGCUAAGUGUGGUGCGGUAGAGGAGGCAUUGGUUGUGUUUCGAAAGGGUUUAGGGAGGAAAACCGAUGUCUUGAUUUGGAAUGCCAUGAUUGGAGGUUUGGCAACACAUGGGUUGGUUAGUGAGUCUCUGGAGUUGUAUAAGGAAAUGCGGAGUUUGAAGGUGAGACCAGAUGAGAUAACGUACUUAUGCCUUUUAUGCGCUUGUGCUCAUGGAGGACUAGUUAACGAAGCUUGGAUUUUCUUUGAUUCUCUUGGUAAAGAUGGCAUGACCGCAAAGUGCGAGCAUUAUGCUUGCAUGAUGGAUGUACUAGCACGUGCAGGUCGUUUAACAGAAGCCUACCAGUUUCUAUGUGAAAUGCCUAUGGAACCAACUGCUUCCAUGUUAGGUGCAUUACUUAGUGGCUGCAUCAAUCAUGGAAAGUUAGAUCUUGCAGAAAUAGUAGGGAAAAAGCUUAUCGACUUGGAGCCAUUUCAUGAUGGUAGAUAUGUUGGACUAUCAAAUGUAUAUGCGCUUAAAAAGCGCUGGGAUGAAGCAAAAGCUAUGAGAGAAGCUAUGGAUACUCGGGGAGUGAAGAAAUUCCCUGGUUUCAGUGUUGUGGAGAUCCUUGGAACUCUUCACAGAUUCAUAGCACAUGAUAAAGCACACCCUGAAUCGGAUCAAAUCUACAUGAUUCUAGAUUUUAUUUUGUGGCAAAUGAAGCUAAAUAAAGAUUGUGAAGAGCAAGAACAAUUGUUAUGUGAUAUCAAUAUAGGACUUGGUAAUGGAGAUGAUGGUAUUGCCUUGCAGAUGAAUGACAGAUGACGGAUAUCACUGAAUGAUUCUUUGCUAUAAGAUCACAAUUGUACAGUUCCUUUUUGAGCUUUAUAGGGUGGAGAGCCACCUAUAGGUGGUACAAUACAUGGUACUGCUCAGAUUGCAGCGGAUCUUCCUAACCAUACGUGCGCUG